CCCCAGCUGGCUGGCAGCAAGAAGGUCUGCAAAGCUGCUGAUAAGAGGAAUAUUAAAGAGGGCUGGGCUCCUGGCAAGGGGGCAGUGAUCCACUCAGCCGGCAACAUGCUCCGCUUCCUGGUCUUCACCACCCUGGUCCUUUAUGGACACAGCACGCAGGACUUUCCAGAAACCAAUGCCCGAGUAGUUGGAGGGACUGAGGCCCGGAGGAAUUCCUGGCCCUCCCAGAUUUCCCUCCAGUACCUGUCUGGGGGCAGAUGGUACCACACCUGUGGAGGGACCCUCAUCAAACAGAACUGGGUGAUGACGGCUGCUCACUGCGUGGACAGAGCAAUGACCUUCCGUGUGGUGGCUGGAGAGCACAACCUGAACCAGAAUGACGGCACGGAGCAGCCUGUGAGUGUGCAGAAGAUCGUGGUACAUCCAUCCUGGAACAGCAAUAACGUGGCUGCCGGUUAUGACAUUGCCCUGCUGCGCCUGGCCCAGAAAGUUACCCUCAACAGCUACGUCCAGCUGGGUGUUCUGCCACCAGAGGGAACCGUCCUGGCCAACAACAGCCCCUGCUACAUCACAGGCUGGGGCAGGACCAAGACCAACGGGCAGCUGGCCCAGAGCCUGCAGCAGGCUUACCUGCCCACUGUGGACUACGCCACCUGCUCCAGCUCCUCCUACUGGGGCUCCACCGUGAAGAAAACCAUGGUGUGUGCUGGAGGAGACGGAGUUCGCUCUGGAUGCCAGGGUGAUUCUGGGGGCCCCCUCCAUUGCUCAGUGAACGGCAAGUACGCUGUCCAUGGAGUGACCAGCUUUGUGUCCAGCCGGGGCUGUAAUGUCUCCAGGAGGCCCACAGUCUUCACACGGGUCUCUGCUUACAUCUCCUGGAUGAACAAAGUCAUUGCCUCCAACUGAACAUCUUCCUGAAUCCAACGGCCUGCCAGGAUGACGCUUAGAUCCAUAGUAGCACUUGAGGCCACCAAGGAAAAAACAUGAGAGACCAACAAGCCUGAUACAGAAAAGCAAAUAAAACUGAAUAUACAUGAUCA